AUGCGUCUCAACCACUUUGCCCUCAACAUCCUUCUCGGUUUGACCUCAGUCAGUGCCGCUGCCGACCCUCGUGCCAACGAAGACGGCAUCGAGAAGAGAGGUGAUCAGCCCGGUGGGCACCUUUUCACUCGCACCAACUGCCCUACCGGUGCUUCUCGCCCCAGGUAUGGCAGUGGUCCUUGCACCUGCGAUAACAAGAACGAGGAGAUCGUCCCCGUCCUUAACGCUUGCAAGCCGCUAUGCACUGGCGGAACUAAACGCAACGACAAAGGCAAAUGUGUUUGCGAUGAUGACGAAGACUUGGUCAGCGGUGUCUGCAAGCCUAAGUGUCCUACUGGUGCGUCGCGCUCUGGUUAUGGUAACGGAGCUUGCACCUGCGACACCAGGGGCGAGGAGAUCGUUUUCGUCCUCAACGCUUGCAAGCCGCAAUGUACUGGUGGAACCAAGCGCAACAAGCAAGGCUAUUGCGUAUGCGAUGACGACGAGGACUUGGUCAGCGGCGUCUGCAAGCCGAAAUGCACCGGUGGAACUAAACGCAACGGCCAAGGAAAAUGUGUCUGCGACGACGACGAGGACUUGGUCAGCGGCGUCUGCAAGCCCAAGUGCCCUACCGGUGCUUCUCGCCCCAGGUAUGGCAGUGGACCUUGUGCCUGCGACAACAAGAACGAGGAGAUUGUCCCCGUCCUCAACGCCUGCAAGCCCAAGUGUUCCGGUGGCUCUGAGCGCGCCGGUGACGGAUCGUGCGUCUGCCCUACCGACGAGGAGUUUGUUGACAAGGUCUGCAAGCCUAAGUGCACUGGCGGCUCUGAACGAGAGAAAUAUGGCAAGAAGGAGUGCAAAUGUCCUACCACACCGGUAGAGCAAGAAUUCGUCGACGGUAUCUGCAAGCCCGUUUGCACUGGUGGCUCUACACGCGAAACGACCGGAGAGAAGAAGUGCAAGUGUCCAACUGAGCCUGUCGAAGAGGAAUUCGUUGAUGGCAUCUGCAAGCCCGUAUGCACUGGUGGCUCUACUCGCGAAACUACCGGAGAGAAGAAGUGCAAGUGUCCGACUGAGCCUGUUGAAGAGGAAUUCGUUGACGGCAUCUGCAAGCCUAUCUGCCUCGGAGGCUCUACACGUGAGGAAGGUGGUGACAGAGCAUGCAAGUGUCCCACUGACCCCGUUGAGGAGGAAUUCGUCGAUGGUAUUUGCAAGCCGGUAUGCCUCGGAGGCUCUACACGUCAAGAAGGUGGUGAGAGGAAGUGCAAGUGCCCAACUGAGCCUGUCGAGGAAGAGUUUGUCGACGGUAUUUGCAAGCCGGUAUGCCUUGGAGGCUCUACACGCGAAGACAGCGGCGACGGAGCAUGCAAGUGCCCGACCACGCCCGUUGAGGAGGAAUUCGUCGAUGGUAUUUGCAAGCCUGUAUGCCUCGGAGGGUCAACACGUGAGGAAGGUGGUGACAGAGCAUGCAAGUGCCCAACUGAGCCUGUUGAAGAGGAGUUCGUUGACGGCAUCUGCAAGCCUGUGUGCCUCGGAGGUUCCAAGCGCGAAGAAACUGGCGAUAAAGAGUGUAAGUGCCCAACUGAGCCGGUUGAGGAGGAAUUUGUCGACGGCAUUUGCAAGCCUGUAUGUCUAGGAGGUUCCGACCGCGAACCGGCCGGUGACAGAGAGUGCAAAUGCCCGACCACACCUGUUGAGGAGGAAUUUGUCGAUGGCAUUUGUAAGCCCGUAUGCCUCGGAGGCUCUACACGGGAAGAAGGCGGCGACAGAGCGUGCAAAUGCCCUACUACGCCUGUGGAAGAGGAGUUCGUCGAUGGUGUCUGCAAGCCCAAGUGCACCGGCGGCUCUGAGCGAGAACCGACUGGCGACAGGAAGUGUGUCUGCCCCUCUGAGUACGAUGAGUUAGUGGACGGCGUCUGCAAGCCCAAGUGCACUGGAGGCUCUGAGCGAGAAACGACCGGCGAGAAGAAGUGUGUCUGUCCCCCGACCAAGGAGUUUGUCAACAAGGUCUGCGUCCUGAAGUGCGGCACCGAUGCUGUCCGCGGCCGCGACAAGAAAUGCAAAUGCACCAAGAAGGGCCAGGUUCUGAACCCCGAGAACAACAACUGUGCCUGCCCCGUUGGCCAGGAACUUAUCAACAACUGCUGCAAGGUCAACUGUGGCAAGGUCGCUGUCUUCAACCCCCGAGCCAACAAGUGCGAGUGCCCCAAGAAGGGACAGAAGUUCAACGAGGAGACCAAGACCUGUGCUUGCCCCGACGGACAGGAGAUCAUCAAUAACUGCUGUGCCGUUAACUGCGGCAAGGACGCGACAUACAACUCAAAGGAGAAGAAGUGUGUGUGCAAGAAGGCUGGUAUGGAGUAUACCGAGGCUACCAAGACUUGUGCUUGCCCCUCAGGACAGGUGUGGACUUCGCAAGGCUGCAAGCUUGACUGCGGCUCCCAGGCCUACCCGGAUUCCAGCGGCAAGAAGUGUGUGUGCAAGAAGAGCGGAAUGGAGUACACUGAGGCUGGCAAGACCUGCGCUUGCCCAUCAGGUCAGCUGUGGACGUCUCAAGGCUGCCAGGUUGACUGUGGAAAGGAGGCUUCCUGGAGCAACUAUGACAACGCGUGCGUGUGCAAGAAGAGCGGCAUGGUGUACUCCAACAAGCAGUGCGCUUGCAAAACUCCAAGAAGGCUUUCCUGGAGUGGGUGUGCUCGUUCGCGAGAGUAA